GGAAAUAAAGGGGGCUAAAUAAUAAAUAAAAACUCUUGGCUAAUUCUCAAAACCCUUCCCUUUCCUUUAUCGCAGUCGCUACUGGCCUCCGUUGGUCUUCAUCGUGACUCUCUUCACGCCAUUUAUUCCGAUUAAUCGGAGACUUUCGACUUCUCAUCUUCGUAGGAUACUAACAAUCGCUCUAUCGUAUCCAUCAGAAUCAGUAGCAAUGUAUAACCUUAGUAGGAUCAUUUCUCGUCUCUCCUCGGUUUCGCUUAACCCUAGCACGAGAGCGUCUGGGUUUCUGACUGAGAACGCUUCCGCUUCAUCGAAAUUCUUACUAUCUGCUACGAAUCGAGCAUUUUCUGCAAAAUCAGGAUCUGAUGGAGUUGGAGGCGAUGAUAAUGGUUGGGAUAUUGCAACAGGAGGAUCAUUUGGUGGUACAGGAUCUGAUGAUCUUGAUUGGGAUAAUAAAUCUAUGUGGUCGACUGGUUUAACUAAGGAGCAUUUUGAUGGUGUCUCCGUCGGUCGUCAGAAGAACGCGGCGAAUCCUUCUUCUGAUAACACCGCUUCUGAUUCGGGUGAUGUGAUGAGCAAGUUGGGUCCAAAGGAAGUUGCUUUGGUUAAUGAAAUGAACGAGUAUGAUGAUAUGCUUAAAGAGAUUGAGCAAGAUAAUAGGCAAGGCAGGGCUUUUGUUGAUGGCAUUAAACAGAGAAUGAUGGAGAUCAGUGUGUUGUUGAAGCAAGUGAAAGAGCCUGGAGCUAGAGGGUCUUAUCUUAAGGACUCUGAGAAGACUGAGAUGUAUAGAUUGCACAAAGAGAACCCUGAGGUGUAUACGGUUGAGAGGCUUGCUAAGGAUUAUAGGAUUAUGAGGCAGCGUGUUCACGCCAUUCUUUUUCUUAAAGAAGAUGAAGAAGAAGAGGAGAGGAAGCUUGGUCGUCCCUUGGAUGAUUCUGUUGAGCGUUUGCUUGAUGAGUACCCUGAGUUCUUCAUUUCGCAUGACCGGGAAUUUCAUGUGGCCUCACUUAAUUACAAACCCGACUUCAAGGUCAUGCCAGAAGGAUGGGAUGGUACAAUCAAAGAUAUGGAUGAAGUCCAUUAUGAGAUCUCAAAGAAAGAGGAUGACAUGCUUUAUGAAGAAUUUGUCCGAAAGUUUGAGUUCAACAAAAUGAAAUGGAGGGGAGAAGUGAAGUGCCACAAGUACAGUAGGAGGCGUUCAUCAGAUGGAUGGAAAAUCACGGUUGAGAAAUUGGGUGCUAAGGGCAAACGUGGAGCCGGAGGUGGCUGGAAGUUUAUGAGUCUUCCAGAUGGAUCAAGCCGACCACUCAACGAUGUGGAGAAGAUCUAUGUUAAGCGUGAAACCCCGCUUCGUCGCCGAAGCAUGGUAUCGACGGAGAUGAUGCGUUACUCGCCCGGGAACCAGAAGCGGAGGUCGAAGCGGAAACAGAAGCGGAAGGAGAGGCGCGUUGAAUGUCUGAAAGCUGGCAAGCAAACGUGAUUACCAAAAUGAGGUGUUUGGAAGCUUGGAAACGUUGGUGGUGUGGAUCGGAAGCGUCGACGGUGGCUAUAUCACAUUAACGGGCUUACAAUUUUAUAAUUUGGGUUGAUAACUUGUUUUGUGACCCAACUUACCUUUGCACCAUUAGCAUUUAAUGUUUGGUAUUUUAGGUAAUUUCAUAUUUAUUAAUAUAUUCAAA